CAAUAAAGUAAAGCGAAAGCUCAACAAUGUUGUCUCUUCUCUCCUCUCUUUUAUCUCUCCUCUUUGUGUUUCUCAUCUCUUUUUUCAUCAUCAUCACAAGCCGUUGUAGCUUCUCUCUUUCCUUGCUAAAUCUCCUUGGAUUCAUAAAAUUUACAGCUUUGAAGGACGAUGAUGACAACUACAAACGUGACGAGGGAACUUAUGUGGUCAGAGAAGAGGAGCUACAAAGAGAGCUGAUGCCGAAACAUGUGGCAGUGAUAAUGGACGGAAACCGGAGAUGGGCCAAAAGGGCCGGAUUGCUGACGUCGCAAGGCCAUGAGGCCGGAGCUAAACGGCUUAUACAGUUCUCCGAACUCUGCUUCAAAUUGGGGAUUCAUACAGUCUCAGCUUUUGCUUUCUCCACAGAGAAUUGGGGCAGACACAAGGUUGAGGUUAAGUGCUUAAUGUCUUUGAUCCAACAUUACCUCAAGUCCAAGAUCCAAUAUUUCCAACGAGAGGAAACUCGAGUUUCUGUUAUUGGGAAUCUAACGAAGAUUCCUGAAUCUCUACGCCGAACAAUCCAUGAGAUAGAGGCAGCUACGAAAAGCUACAAGAAAAAACACCUGAUCUUGGCAAUAGAUUACAGCGGGAGAUUAGACAUCUUGCGAGCUUGUAAGAGCAUUGUGAAGAAAUCAGAAAAAGGGUUGAUCCAAGAAGAAGAUGUAGACGAGGCAUUGAUCGAGAGAGAGCUUCUGACAGAUUGUACUGAGUUCUCAAGUCCUGAUCUACUGAUUAGGACAAGUGGUGAACAGAGGAUUAGUAACUUCUUCUUGUGGCAGCUCGCUUAUACCGAGCUCUUCUUCUCACCAGUCCUUUGGCCUGAUUUUGAUAAGGAUAAGCUUGUAGAGGCCUUGGCUUCAUUUCAGCGCAGGGAAAGACGAUUUGGCUGUCAAAUUUGAUCCACAGUUGGUCCACUGUUCCACUAUGUUCAUCUGAUAUUUCAACCAAAAUACUUGCUAUAGUUUCAGAGAUCAUUGUACUUUCAUAACUUUGUGUAGGUAAAUUUAAAAUUUGCAAAUAAAAUCAGCCACGGGUUUCGUGUUCUUGCUU